CAGCUGAUUUACAAAACAGCAAAGCAAUUUUUGAAUCGGUGUAUUCUUUUUUUAUUUUUUUUUUCCAUGUUCAAUAUUGGGCAUUCUAGGUGUUUUUAUUUUUUAUUCCCUCUUCGGGUCCCAAACAGCUCCCAUCUCACGAAAUUACCCAGUAGCCUUUGACAGCUUUUUGGGUGACGCUUCGAUUGAGACUGUUCUUCCCCCACCCGCCCCCCUUUUUAUUUGUUUCGGGAUAAAGAAGAAGGGGUGUACAAUCUCAGGGCUCACCUUACUCGAUGAGCGGACAGCGCAAUGUCAGAGCGCUCUGGGCAAACUGCAAAGGGGAAGGAAGGCAAAACCAAGUAUGCGUCUCUCAACCUGUUUGAUACAUACAAAGGAAAGAGCCUUGAAACACAAAAGCCUAUUGUUCCCCCCCGCCAUGGCUUGCAGUCUCUCGGUAAAGUUGCCUCUGCCCGGCGUAUGCCACCCCCUGCCAAUUUGCCAAGUCUGAAGGCGGAGAAUAAAGGCAACGAUCCCAACGUCUCACUCGUUCCCAAAGACGGCACAGGAUGGGCAAGCAAACAGGAACAAGCGGACCCAAAGAGUACCGAUGCAUUGUCAGCACCGCAGCAGGAACUGCAGCAGCCUGUGGCUUCACAGACGCCUGCACCGACCCGCCCGAGAACCCCGCCAACUUCAGAGGUGCCAACAGUCACAGCUGUGGCCCCAGCUUCAAUCCAGGCCGCAGGGGCAAGGUCCUGGGCACAGGCCAGUGUUACACAUGGAGUACAAGGGGAUGGUGGAAAGGGAUCAAACCUACCGUCGCCAUUCUCUCGCGAGGAAUUUCCCACCCUGCAAGCGGCUGGCGACCAGGACAAAGCUGGCAGAGAACAGGGCACUGCAGAUCAGUGGUAUGGGCCCGGACCAAGCCUCCGCCCCCAAAACGUUACAAGCUGGCGGGACGGUGGGGGCCGAGGCCUGGCACCCACCCUCUCUGGGGAGGGGGCUGCAGAGGGUGGCUGCGGUGGGGCUUUGCUGAUGGACGGGGCAGCCGGGGUCCCACCUCAGAAUUCGCAGUCCCAGGUGCCACCUAGGAACCCUCCCGCAGGCAGCCCCGCCUUACCCCUGCCUCAACCCCCAGUGGGGCCUGGGUUUACCACUUUCCGUGGGAUCAUGCCUCCAUUUAUGUAUCCACCAUAUUUACCCUUCCCGGCAAAUUAUGGUCCUCAAGGGCCGUACAGGUUUCCACCACCUGGUGAAGGUCCAGCUCCAAGGUUCUCUCGGUCCCAGGUUGGUCCGGACAGCAGGCCGCAGCUUCUUUCACGGGAUGCAGGUGGAGAGGUGAUUAGACGACCCUCAAUCCUAAAGCAGGAUGACCUCAAGGAGCUUGAUGAGUUGGACCACGAUGGAGAUGAAGGCUGGGCUGGGGCACACGAGGAGAUUGAUUACUCCGCAAAGUUGAAGUUCAGUGAUGAUGAAGGAGAGGACGAGGGUGAAGAGGACACAGCAGACACCAAGAAUGAUAUAAGUGAGCAACAGAAGUCUCAAGAGGCCGCUUCUGCAACCUCAUGCUCUCGAGCUUCAGAAAGCAGUGGAGAUAAUCGCCACAGUCCUACCUCAAACACUGACGAUGGUCUACAGACUCCCUCCAUCAAGCCAGGAUGGGCUGAGGGCAACCAAGUAGCAUCAUCCAACUACCAGGGGCAAAGGCAUGGACUGGGUGGUCACCGGGAGGAGCCCUCCCCCCCACCUGGGCCCCUCAUCGGACAAGGGCCACACUCCUUUUACCGACAGAGUGCAUCAUCGGGCUCUGGAAAAGGAGGCCACGCUCAGCAUCAGGCAGCAGCAGGAGGCCCUAUCCCUCCUAACCAGCCUGGACUGAUGGUCCAUGGGGUCCCUGGAGACGAUGACGAUGAGACAUGGCGUCAGCGCAGGAAGCAAUCGUCAACUGAAAUUUCUGCUGCUGUGGAGCGGGCUCGUCGACGCCGUGAGGAGGAGGAACGUCGGAUGGAGGAGGAGAGACGUGCAGCGUGUGCAGAAAAGUUGAAGAAGCUGGAUGAGAAGCAGCAGCAGCAAAGCGGCCAUGUCGGAGGAAAUAGUGGCAGUAAAACACCCAGUCUUGAUGGGAAUUCUACAGGAGUCACAGCCGGCAGCCCAAGCCCGUCUUUGUCAGCCUCUGCAUCUUCUCCCAACAUCAGCCAGCCGUCUUCGCCGUGUGUGGACCCUGAAGAGCCUCCUGUACUGCCUGUACAGUCGAGCACAACAGGUCUUAGUGUCGGUGAAAGACAGCGGGCAAGCAGCAACAGCAGCUACGACUCUAACACAGAUACUCAGCAAUGUCCUCAGCCAGCUGUGUCACAGCCACAGCAACCUAUGUUGGAAGUACCUUCACCAGUAGACAAAGAGGAGACUGUCUCCACUCCACGCAUUCGAGCAGGAAGUGGAGGUGAAAGAGGAACAGAAUCAGUGAAGAUUGAGAAUAUUGCAGGGGUAUCAGGCCGGCAAUCAAUCAUUCCUCCCGGCCAGUGUUACUCAAAGUACCAAAAGUCCCUCCCACCUCGUUUUCAGAGGCAACAACAGGAGCAGCUAUUGAAGCAACAACAGUGGCAGCAACAGCAUAGCCAGGCAUCUCAAAGCCAAAUGUCCCCCCAAGCCCAAGCACCGCAGGGUCCUUCACCAGUUUCAACACCCCAGCCAGGACCUGGACCUAAGCAGGGUGGACCACUGUAUCAACCGGGCAAUUUAGUACGCCCACUUCCAAUGAAUUUUGACCCACGCUGGAUGAUGAUGCCCUACAUGGACCCACGCAUGAUGCAAGGCCGCCCCCCCAUGGACUUCUAUUCCACUAGCAUGCACCCAUCGGGGCUUAUUGGGCGUGAGCGAUCUGAUUCGGGAGGCUCUGGUUCAGAGCCGUUUGAUCGGCAACAGCAGCAUCCAGGGCACCCUCACCGUGGUACUCCCCCUAUUGAUCCUAAAUUGGCCUGGGGGCCUGAGGUAUUUCCUGGUGGAGGGGAAGGUUGCGGAAUUAAUCCCCCUCUGAGGCAGAGGCAGACAUCUGAGGAAGGGGAUGUGACCAAAGGUCCCAGGAGUGACACUCCUCCACAUCGCAUCCGAGACGGUGGAUUGGGACCCAUCAAACAGCCCAGCACAGCUUCUGGGUCGUCAAACCAGACACCGCCUCCUGUUAAUGUGCCGGGUGGCAGCCACCCCGCUCAUCAUUACAUGAGUGGGCGGGGCAACUACAACAACUUCCCUGAUCAAGGUGCAAGGAUACCAUCCCACCAGCAACAAAGAGCUGGUGAAAGGGGAGUCCACCCCCAUGGCUUUACCCAUCAGGAAGAUGUCCAAGGCCGGGGAUCCCAGCCAGGCCAACUCUGGGGGGCACCACACCCUCACUACGAUCGUAAUGGCCGUGCGGACCUUCCAAAUGUCGAGGGCAACUCUCAACAACACCACCCUCACCAGCCUCAUUACACUGUCCAACCUCAUAAGCUUGAGAACAUGCCAGGUCAUGACAGAAUAGUUGAGGGCCCUCUCAAGAAAACCAACUCUUCUCCCCCACUCCACCAGCCCUCCAUGUCAUCCUCAUCCUCCUCAUCUUCAUCUUCUGCAUCUACCAGGGAAGAUGGCAAUGUCAAGGCCACUUUGCAUCAUCAUCAUUCUCACAGCAAAGGUGAGGCUGGUGUCGGGCUAAAUAUUAAUGAAAGGGGUACCACUGGCAAUAGUGGUCAUGUAAAACAUGAAAAAACAAGCUCUGUAUAUGUUUCACAUACUUCCAUGACCUCCAGCCCACCUCCUGCUCAACAUGGUAGUCAUUCCCAGCCCCAGUCCCAGCACCAUCCCCAUCCAAGGUCAAACCAAAGAGGGGUGCGUGAUCAUAAAACUGAGACCCAGUGGGGCCCUCGUCCUGGCAACACCAACACUUCCUCUCAUGGCAGGAGGGCCAACGUUGCAGGUAGUGGGAACAAUUCUCGUGGCGCAGAUGACACUUCCCGUCCUCCAUCGGAGCACAAGCCCAACACCCAGACAGGAGGCAACAAUCACAACAAAAGGGCGGGUCCAAUCAAGAAGCCAGUGGUGAAAGAGAUGAAGAAAGAGGGAGAUGUUGAUGGAGGAGAGAAAUCAAGCCAAGGCUUUUUCAAAGAUAAAGAGAAGGAUGGUGGCCAAGCCUCCUCAAUAAAACAGGAUGCCUCUGCCUCUCAUAACACAUCAGCUCCAUUAGGCAAAGAAGAGCCUUCUGUGACAAUAAAACCCAGGAAUGGCGGGAAAGAACGCCCACCUGGAGGAGGUGGCAGUGGGUCAGGGAGAGGACCUAAAGAGGCAGACACCACUUCAGGAUUUUCAGGAUCCUCGUCCCGAAGAGACAGAGACCGUUCUUUUGAAAGAAGAGCAAACAAUUCCCAUAAUCAUGGAGUCAUCAAUAAAGCAACCAGAGGUAGUCGAGGGCGAGGUGGGGAGUUUUACGGCCGUGGUCGUGGUUAUAGGGGUACAUACACAGCCAAUGCUGGGCCUAGUGGUGGCAACCGUGGCAGAAUGAUUAGCAGGAGUGGCAGAGACUAUCGCACAUCUGUUGCUUUUGGCCACCAUCAUGACUCAAGGGGUGAGGGCCUUGGUGGUAGGCAUGGUCACGAUAGAUCCCAUCAUAACCCAACCAGGGCCAGGAAUCGGAGUGAAACACGCAGUGAAGGCUCGGAGUAUGAAGAAAUUCCCAAGAGGCGGAGGGAGCGAGGCUCAGAGACGGGCAGCGAGAGUGGUGGAAGUGACCUUGGUCAAUCAGACAAGGAUGACGCCCACAAACAGAACACCAAGAAUGGCAUUGACAAUAUUAACACCACUACUCUAGGCAGCAUUUCAUCUGCACCCCCAAGAGGAUCACAGGCUCGGGUUUUCACCCCGAGGGGAGUGCCGUCAAGGAGGGGCAGGGGAGGUGGUAGUGGGGCAGGAAAUAUCUACAGGAAUAGUGGCAAUAUUGGAGGGCCAGCUGGGGGACACAGAGCUGCACCCACGUCGGCCUCUCAUAGGGGUUCCUCAAGGCAGCCAAACUCAUCACGAAGGCAGCAAGCCCCGUCACAAACCUCAGGGCACAAGGACUUCGGCAGGGGAGGGCUUCCUUUGGAGAAAAAGGAUAAAACAGUUGAUGGAAACCAACCUCAAAGUCAGGCAUCCAAUCCUCCUCAGACCGCUUUGUUGGUUUCAGCCCCUACCACCCAAGCGUCUACUAACAAUGGAGCUGUUUUGACCCAACAAGCUUCAGCCAACCCUGCAUCAAUCAGUGGUGGGCCAAAUUCAGUCCCUCCUCCUGUUAGCCGUGGGUUCCCUCCCAGUGGCUUCGAGCGACCCAAGCGUCGUCGCCACAUGCGUUCCCAACAUCAGCAGGACAAGCCACCUCGCUUCCGGAGGCUGAAGGAACGAGAGAAUGCUGCGCGCAUCAAUGGUGGAGUGGGGGUGAUCGGAGGAGGAAGGCCCUCUUCUCCUUCCGUGAACUCAGUUCAGGAAAGUAACGGAAGCACCGUCACAACAACACUGAUCAGUAACGCCCAGAAUGCCAACCACAACACCACACUUACAGCUAACAAUAACAGCGGUGGUGGGCACCUUGGCAACGCAAACAGCCACCACCAUAACCACUUCAACCAAGGGAAUACUGGACCCACCCACCCCCAGCACCACCACAGCCAUGGAGCAAAGUCCCCAGACUUCACCAACCAGAAUUCAGACCAGGCAAACGAGGAGUGGGAAACCGCUUCAGAGAGCAGUGACUUCACUGAGUUCCGAGACAAAGAGGGAGGAGGGAAGUCGUAUUCGUCUCAGCAUCACCACCACCAUUUCGGGAAGGGCGGAGGAGGUGCCGUCGAAUGUGAUAUGUCAGGGAAAGAGCCCCAAGCUAAUAAAAGAAGCUUUUCAAGCCAACGUCCUGGCAUGGAAAGGCAAAACCGGAGGGUUAACGUCGGGGGAGGCGGUGGUGGUGGGGGUGGAGGCAGAGGCCCUCGAGGUCCCCCUGGUGGUGGCUCUGGUGGGACGGGAAAUGGAGGUGGAAACCGUGGGGACAAGCGGGGCAACUGGCCCUCCCCGAAAAAUAGGAAGUGAUGGUGUAUUUCAAAACAUUUCUGAUGAACUGAACUCACUUUCAACCCAACUCUUCCAUUUUUAACCGUUUUGAUUAUUUCAUGUUUGCAUCCCUACACAAAUGAGUGUCUUGUACAGUAUAUGGAGAUGGUAUUCUACAUUCACCCUGGUCAACUUUCCCACCUUUCGUAUCAGUCCACUGUCAACCGUCCUUUCUUAUACUUUUUUUUCCCUGGUUUUGUCUUACUAUCUGUUAAAUUAUGGCCUCUUCACCUUCAAAAAUCUAAUCCCACUUGGAUAUUUCACGCAUGUAGUUCUGCAAUGAAAGUACACAUUGUUUAAAAAAAAUGGGGGAAAUUAACAUAGCUAUACAUACAAGCACAAUAUGGGAUCUUUCAGCAAUGUAGAACUCAUGUAGUCAUGUCAUGUAAAAUGUGGGAUUGAAUAGGUAAAUCAUUAAAUUGGGCAAACUUUUAUAUUUAUGUACGUGUGUAUAUUUCUACCACACUUUGGCCUUUGGUGGUGUAUGGUAGUCCAGGUCUGGCUGACUUCUUCUCACAAAGGGGAGAAGCACAGCUUCAGUUAAACAAGAACAGUACCAAUGUAUCAUACAAUUAUCUUAGUUAUCUUACCAUAUUUGUUUUCAGGAAGUUGUCAAUUCCGUUUCAGCCACACAAGAUGUGAAGUGUGUGUGUGUGUGGUGUGUGUGUGUGUGUGUGUGUGUGUGUGUGUGUGUGUUCUUGUUUGUGUGUUCUUGUUUGUUACAAAGAGGAUUGUUAAACUGCCCUCAAGCUCUUAUUUACUUUUCUUUUGCUGCACAGUAUGUAAAAACUGUGAUAGGACCCAUGUAAAACUGUUCUGUCACGAGUUUCUUUUUUUUUAUAUCAUUGCCCUGUUGCUUUUGUAGACCUUUUUCCUUUCAAGCUUUUCAUGUUGACCUGCUUUGAAAUUUAAGAUUUUUUUUUAAAGAAAAUAAAGGCUUUUUCAGCCUGA